GUUGCAUAUACCCUGUCUUUGCUAUUAUCUUUUCCAAUAUUCUUCAAGCAUUCGCUAAAACUAAUGAUGAUUUACGAAACAGUGCAACUUUUUGGUCUUUGAUGUUUCUCGCAAUUGCUGCAGCGGGCUUUGUUGGAAAUUUUGUCCAAGGUAUUGCUUUUGGAGCUUCGGGUGAAAAGCUUACUAAACGAAUUAGAUCCAUGUCUUUUGCUGCUAUUUUACGACAAGAUAUUUCUUACUUUGAUGAAGAAGAACAUGGUGUAGGCACUUUAACCAGUCAAUUAUCAAUAGAUGCGACUCACGUUAAUGGUUUGGCCGGCUCUACACUUGGAG